GGACUGCCUGGAGAAAAUCCUCAUAGGCAUAGGGAGAACAUGCAAACUCCACACUAGGAUUAAACCUGGGUCCCCAGAACUGUGAGGCCAACACUUUCACGCAGUCGCACCGUGUUGCUUAUGUAGCUUUUUAAAAUCACACAAAAUGUUAAUCACAGUGUCAUUGCCGUGUUUGUCUCAGGAUACUGAGAAAACAAAAUAUAUUUAGGUUGCUGAGAGGAGUGUUAAUUAGUGAUGCUUCCCAUAACCGUUGAAUACCCGAAUGUAUUGUGCAACCAUGGUUAUAUAAGUUGUUUUUCACUCACUUGUUUUUCACUAUCUUGUUCGCAUGCAUACCAAAGACGAACAUUGUUGUGGGAUGUCUUGACAGUUAUGGCUGCGUAAGAUGUUUUUCAGAGCCUGAAGGACACACUUAGGUGUCAAUAGUAAAUCAGGAAACAAACGUUGCGGCGCCAGGUGGGACGGGUAGGCCACCCGCCCUUUCUCUCGCACGCAACUGAAAAGUAUAAUAAAGAGAUGCAGAGUACAAACAGGUAGAGUCUGCUGCGGGUUUCGUACGGACGCCCAGCUGGUUGACAAGCAGAGCUCUACCUGGGUGAACGGCUCUCCACCUUCUCGGCAUAGGAAGCUUUUACUCUCUGUUUCUGUCAAUCAGCCCCCCCCUCGCCCCCCAUCCCCCACCACUCUUCAAUUUUGUGGGAUGGGUCAGAAGCUUUUUUUAAUGCCAAAGUCCCCCAGCACUCCCGAGGCUGAACCAGUCCCGGGUUUGUCAGAGGAGACGAAGGACCAGCAGCGAUGGAUGACGUCUACAAAGCGGCGGUUGAGAACUUGACAGAGGAGCAAAAAAAUGAGUUCAAGGCUGCUUUUGACAUCUUCAUCCAAGAUGCGGAGGACGGCUGCAUCAGCACUAAGGAACUGGGGAAGGUGAUGAGGAUGCUGGGACAAAACCCGACGCCCGAAGAACUGCAGGAGAUGAUCGAUGAGGUGGAUGAAGAUGGCAGUGGCACGGUUGACUUUGAUGAGUUCUUGGUUAUGAUGGUCCGCUGCAUGAAGGAGGAGAGCAAAGGAAAACCAGAAGAGGAGCUGGCCGAACUUUUCCGCAUGUUUGACAAGAACGGAGACGGUUACAUCGAUCUAGAAGAGCUUAAAUCCAUGCUCGAGUCCACUGGAGAAUCCAUCACUGAAGAUGACAUUGAAGAGCUGAUGAAGGACGGAGAUAAAAACAAUGACGGCAAAAUUGAUUAUGACGAGUUCCUGGAGUUCAUGAAAGGUGUUGAAUAAAGGAUUCAGACGGAGGCCCCGAAAUGAUGGAUUAUUUUCCUUCUGAUGCUGGAUUAAGCCCUUCCGAUACUGUCGGCCUUUGUUCACCGUGUGCUUGAAGCGCCGUACGGCUGCGGUGGGGGUGUCAUUUUUUCCGGAAACAACUUUCGCGAAGUGCCAAGAUUGGUUUACAAAUCCCCAGUACACAA